UACAUUUUUAUCAGCGCUGGAAUAUGAAACCUCUUCCUCUCUCGGGCGUGAAUUCAGAAGGAGUUUCCCAUUUAGCUUCAAUUGAAGAUUUACUUUGUCCUCCUUUCACUCUUCUUACAGUUCGCUUUAUUUAGAGGAGACUUUUGAAGCUCGGUUGGAGCAGGAACUGAAGUCUUUGCUGUGGUUUUGGGGAUAUGCUAUGCUCGCCAAGUGAUCCAGUCGUGAAUGGGACGGCGGUGAUGUGACUGGUCAAAUGCAACCGUUGUACCUCUUGACGGGCAAUUGAAUUGAAGUGCCCCAGAAUUAUGCAGCGGCAGAUCCGAAGGAUAUCACACAGACACACGACCGGGUUGCCAUAAGCCCUGGGGACACGGGCUUGACGUGAUCGGCGUGUUGCCGUGACUGUUGUUUCUUGAGCGAGUGCCAGCCAAAUGCAGUGAGGGUGCCGUGUGCCGUCGACAUGUGUGUUCGCCAAGCACUGGCGCACUGUCGCCGGUUGAAAUGUUCUCAUCCUUUAGUGUUGGUGGCGGCGAUCGCCGUGUGCUUGGUUUACCCAUCACUCACGGUCUUUCGACUAAGAGCGAGCAGCGUUAUCCCCCUUGGGCUGAAGUUGAGCUCCUGGAAUAAGUCAACACACGUCCCGUUAAAUGGGCAGGAAUCUGACAGGGAUCCUAAUUGCGUUUCUGGACCCGCUGCACUUCAAACCCUAAUCGAGAUUGAACCCUUAAAAUCUAAAGCCUUCAACAAUCGCAAGAAAACUGUUGUCCUACGAGGAUAUAAUUCCAUUAGUUCAUCUGACCUUCGAUUAUAUCAGCAAAUUUUUGUACAAUAUGGUUAUGAGCUUGUCCUAUCACCCCAAGUUGGAGGCUCCAGCGACAAGGAAGGAUAUAAAGGUACUGGAGCUGAACAUUGGGACAUGAUGAUUUGCUUCACAUCAAAUGAGGUUGAUGAUGACAGGUGCCUUCAAAAGGGAAUGUUUGAUCAACUUCUACUCCAUCAGAAGGUAAAUAAGAUACCAGGAUUAGAGAAUACACUUUGUAGAAAAGAUGGCUUUUGUCAAAUUAUGAAGACUGCCCAAAGCCUACCAGUUCUUCAAUCCUUGGUUGUUUCACCUUUGUGCUUUGACCACUAUGUGGAUUUGGAAGCGACCAGUGACAAGAUAAAGGCUGGAAAUUCAAUUUCUCACAAUGGAAAUACCCCUUUUCUGAAGCUUCAAAAACCGAACAAUGGCAUUGGCAUGAAACAAUAUGAUGCUUUUUCGGAAAAUGCUCUAUGGGGAGAGCAACGAAGUGUUCCAAUAGAAGGCCUUUCAGCAAUUCUCAAAGUAUAUGUUUUGGUGACUUCACUGUCUCCGCUACGGGCAUUCAUUCAUUCAACUGGACUUGUCCAAGGUGAACCCAAUAAGAAGUUCUUUGUUACCAAGCUUCUGGAAUAUUUUGAAAAAUACUUUGGUACAACUGCUUCCGCACAGGCCUUUGAGAACAUGAAGGAGCUAAUUACACAACUUUUAUUAAUAGCAGAAGUGAAUAUUGAAUCCUCCACUGGUAGUCAAGGAACAUCAGAAAGAUGUUGUUCAUGUUUUCAGCUAUUGGCCUUUGAUCUUAGCUUUGGUACAUCUGUCUAUCCAAUGAUUGUUGAGGUACACCAACAACCUGUCUUUGAAGCAGAUGAUAACAUAGCUUUUGCAGACCGCAUUACCAAAGACUUCCUACUGGAAGAUACUUUCAAGCUACUGUUAUCUGGCACAUCUGUAGUAAGUGAAAUACAUGAAGCUUUAGAAAAUAUACAUCAAUCUGCCAGAUCGAAGAAUAACAGCUGGUUCCAAAAGCGUGAACUUUGUCUGAGUGCAAGAGAUGUAACUGUCAUUAGUCAUUUUCAAAUGGAAUUCAAGAGUCAAGGGAAGUUUCAACUGCUUUAUCCAUCCACUAACCCAGACUAUCAAAGGACAUUAUAUGCAUUAUAUCACAAUUUUGAUCACACAUCCAGAACAAGAUCUAUUCUAGGGAUGCAUCAGCUUCUUUCAGAGCUACGAGACCAGUUCCAAGCUCUUCACCUGAAGAGCAAUUUGAAUUAUUUUAAAUGGGAACAAUUUCAGACUGUACCUCAUACAUUUGUAAAGAUUGACAAUAAUAAGAUGGGUCAGAACAAACCAAAGAAUUGCAGCACAGCCAAACAUACUCUGACGUACAUUUCUCGGGUCCUUACUAGUCCGCAGUUGAAACUGAAUCCCAUCUUUACACCAAAGGUCAAAGUGUACUAUUCUGAAGUCCCUUUUGAUGUGGUGAUAAUAAAGAUCAGAGCAGAAGCAGCCAACUGCCACUGUCAGGUGCAUCUAGAUGAGAGAAAGGGAUUCAGUAUCGCCAAUUAUCCUCUUGGCCUUGGAAACAACAGAAUCCAUAUUCUGGUAUCAGACGAGUCUCGUGCCAAACCUGCUAUUGUAGCAACAUACACCAUCAAUGUUUACCGCCACAGCCGCCCCAGUCUGCCUGUACUUGAUGGAAGUAUUAUGUGCAGUUUUUUGCAGGACUGUGGGUUGAUAAUCCAGCCUGACAGACCUUGUGGCCUACAGCCAGUGUCAAACGGUUACCUCUCAGCAGUUGUUCAGAGGCAGAUUCAAACCUGCAAAACAGGGGAUGCCAAAGGGCGAUGGUUUGUCCCUUGUUUGAGCUGCUCAGACAACCGGACCUGUGACUGGCAGAAGGCAAGGUGGCAGCCAGACAACUGUCGUCACCUUUCACCAACGAAAAUACAGCUUCAGCAGUGUAUGAGUGGAAGGAAGGUUCUUUUUAUUGGAGAUUCAACCAAUAGGGGAAUGAUGUACUACCUUAUGGAAGAAAUGAAUGAAACUCUUCAGGAGUGGGACAAAGCUCACGACAGUAAAUUCUAUUACAAUUUAAAUCGAGGAAAGACAUUCACUAGUUAUGUGUAUUAUCCUCAGUUCUGGCUGAGUUUAGAUCAGAGACCAACAUUCGAAAAAGCUUUGGAGCAACUCAUACAAAGGUCGCAUCCCUUAGAAAACAACGAUCAGACCGUCCUGGUUGUAGGUGGUGUGCAAUGGUUAAAUACACGUCACCUGCACAUCAUACAAAAGGUUUUACAAAGACAGAAUCUUUUGAAUAUUCUAGUAAUCAUAAAAUCUAUAGGAAUGGGAUUUCACCUGCCAGUGGAUGGAAUCAGAUCUUUGUCUUUGAAAGAAGUACAAAAUUUGUGGAAAGAAAAUACUGAAAUACUCUCUGAGGCAAAGGACUAUGGCUUUGAUGUUGUUGAUACAUUUAGUAUGACUAUGGGACGUUAUAAAGAAUUUCUUCAGGGAAAGUGUGCAUGUCAUUUUCAUGAGGUAGUCAGAUCUGAAUACUCCAAAUCAACAAUUCAUAAAAAAAUGCAACAUUUAGCGCACUUCCUUACUGAAAAGGACAAAUCAAGCCAGAACAAGCAUUCAGCACUACAAGAUGUUUUGUCUGCCUUUAAAUCACACUAUCAUGUCAAAGGUCCAAUAAACCAGGCUUAUUCAGAAAUUCUUCUCAGCAGAGUCUGUGUUAACAGAUUGAAUAUUCUGAGUACUCAGCAAUAAAAAAUAGACACUUUUUACAGUUUUAAGAUUUGCUGCUUCCCUGGAGAUCAGUGCAAAAUACCACAUGGUAUGUAUUCCAUUUCUUUCUGAUUGGCUACAAAUCCUACCACCACCAAAGACAUGUGACAUUUUUAAAAUCUUUAUGAAAUCAAUAUGUGCCUCUGCAAAUGUGAGGCUUCAGAAUGGCAGAUGGAAAACCAGAAAAUUGAUGUGACUCGCUGUCUGGCCAGAUGAAUUGCAUAAACAGCUGUGGGCGAAACAAAGUAUUUUACACAAGAUUAAGUACAUGAGAGACUUGAAGUCCUUAAGUAAGCCACUUAAUCCUUUCUGUGCAAUAUUCAAUCACUAUGUGCACUAAUUUUUUUCUGGAUUUCUGAAUAGCUUUUAUUUUUAUAUGUAUUGUUCACUAAGAAUCACAUUCCCCAGAUAUUGCUGGUGAUAUCAAAUUAUAUAUACCUCACAGUGCCUGUGUUUAUACUGCCAUUUUUUGGCAGGCAAGAAAAUAGUUUAGAAUGCUGUCCGAAUUCUCAAAUGUCUUAGACGUAUUUUACGUACGGAGGAUGUUCAA